AUGGACAUCGUGCGGCCAUCAUGUGCCCUGGUAUUCCUGUUACUGGCUGUCAUUCACCUUACAGAAUGUAUGAACGGUGGGAAGAUAAAUUUUCGAGAGAAAGAGAAGCAGAUCCUCGAUCAGAUCCUGGGUCCAGGGCGUUACGACGCCAGGAUCCGACCUUCAGGCAUCAAUGGCACUGAUGGGCCAGCGGUAGUGAGCGUCAAUAUAUUUGUCCGAAGUAUAUCAAAGAUCGAUGACGUCACAAUGGAAUACUCGGUACAGUUAACGUUCCGAGAACAGUGGUUAGAUGAGCGCCUCAAAUUCAAUAAUUUGGGAGGUCGCCUCAAGUACUUAACCCUGACAGAAGCCAACAGAGUCUGGAUGCCGGAUCUGUUCUUCUCCAACGAGAAGGAAGGUCAUUUCCACAACAUCAUCAUGCCCAACGUGUACAUUAGAAUCUUCCCUAAUGGCAAUGUGCUGUACAGCAUCCGAAUCUCCCUCACGCUGUCCUGUCCCAUGAACUUGAAGCUGUAUCCUCUGGAUAAACAGACCUGCUCGUUGAGAAUGGCCAGCUACGGCUGGACGACAGACGACUUAGUGUUCCUGUGGAAGGAAGGCGACCCAGUCCAGGUUGUGAAGAACCUACAUCUGCCUCGGUUCACUCUAGAAAAGUUCCUUACUGACUACUGUAACAGCAAAACUAAUACUGGUGAAUACAGUUGUCUGAAAGUAGACCUGCUGUUCAAGCGGGAGUUCAGUUACUACCUGAUCCAGAUCUACAUCCCAUGCUGCAUGUUGGUCAUCGUGUCCUGGGUGUCCUUCUGGCUGGACCAGGGAGCUGUGCCUGCUAGAGUCUCACUAGGUGUAACGACACUCCUCACGAUGGCGACCCAGUCAUCAGGUAUCAACGCCUCCCUGCCACCAGUGUCCUACACCAAAGCCAUCGACGUCUGGACAGGCGUGUGCCUCACCUUCGUGUUCGGAGCACUACUAGAAUUCGCUCUAGUCAACUAUGCAUCUCGAUCCGACAUGCAUAGAGAAAAUAUGAAGAAAGCGAGAAGGGAGAUGGAAGCAGCCAGCAUGGACGCUGCCUCCGACCUCCUCGACACAGAUAGUAACACCACGUUUGCUAUGAAACCCUUGGUGCGCGGCGGCGUGGUGGAAUCCAAGAUGCGGCAGUGCGAGAUCCACAUCAACCCUCCGCGCAAGAACUGCUGCCGGCUCUGGAUGUCCAAGUUCCCCACACGCUCCAAGAGAAUAGACGUCAUCUCGAGGAUCACCUUCCCACUUGUGUUCGCCUUAUUUAAUUUGGCUUAUUGGUCGACGUACCUAUUCCGCGACGAAGACGAAGAGAAGUGA